AUUUUAAAAUCGGUAUACGUAACCCUAACCCAUAUUCGCAGCUGAACAGAGCAGAUUCCGGCUUCCGAUAUCCGACUACCCACCUCCGGCGUCUAUCUUUCAAUAUUGUUAAUCAUUUUUUAUUUCUCCACGGUGAGGCGAGCAGAGUUGGAGAUGAGUUGCUGAUAUGAGCAGACUAUCCUUUAGACCACGGCCCUUAGACAUUCACAAGAAGCUUCCUAUUCUAAAAUCUAUAAAAGAUUUUGAAGAUGAUGAUACCCCAACAUCUACUCGUACACAGAUGCUCCGCCUUGUUUCCGAAGCUGAUAAUGAUACUCAGGUACACCAAGUCCCUAGUAAGAGAACUGUUUCUGAAAUACCUACACCCGAGUAUGUUAUUGUGGAUACAUAUGAAAGAGAUUAUUCUCCCACUUUCAAUCAGCCAGCAUCUUAUCUACGCGCAAGGGGAGCACGAGCUGAGAUCGGAGAAUUUGUUGAGUAUGAUCUUGAUAAUGAAGAUGAAGACUGGCUUGAAGAAUUCAACAAAGAAAGAAUGAUCCUGUCAGAUGAAAAAUUUGAAGCUAUUUUAUUUAAACUGGAGGUAUUGGAUCAUAAGGCCCGGGAAAGAGCAGGUGUUAUAACUCCUACACUUGGGUCACCUAUACCUGUACUUUUGACAUUUGAUGCUGCAGUCGAGGCGCUUCAAGCUCUUUCUAUACAAUAUGGAGUUUUCCAGUCAAUUUACAGAUACUGGAAAGAAAAGCGGGACCGAUAUCUAAAACCUAUUCUGCGGCGCUUGCAGCCGCCUCCUCCAGUUACUGACACCAAUCCGUACAAUGUAUUUAGGCCACGGGAGAAGGCUCAUAGACUUCAUACAAGAAGAAUGCAAAGACGAGAAAACAAUGUGCAAUCAUUUGAGAAGCUUCGACAGGUGAGGCGCAACCUCGACCAAGCCAAAAAUUUACUAGAGGCUUUAAUCAAGAGAGAAGAGAAGAAGAGAAAUGUCAUGGAGAGUGAAGUUACCCUUCAAAGGAUACAAAUGAAAUACAAAAAUCAAACAGAUCUUCUUGAAGAAAGCUUAGCUCUGCCUGAAAUACCAUCCUUUCAGUCCAAAUUUGUUUCGAGUGAGGAUGAGUUUUUAGAGUCAGAUGACUUUCCACACAACCGUGUACGUUUCCAGUCUCAUGGCUUAGUCGACUCAAGAUUGGUAUUGCCUUCUGGUGGAUUUAUGAAGCAAGAGAUCAGACGCGAACCCGUCCCAUCUACAUGGCUCCAUAAAUUGGAUCCACUUGAACCAGUAUUGCUAUUCACAAAACCUCUGGUGCCGGAAAAAUUGGCAGCAGCUGGGAUAGUACCACCAGUCGAUUCUUCAAUCCCAUCACCACGUAGUCAUAAUUAUCGUGGUAGGAUUGGUAGAGGUGGAAGAAUAAUAUUCGAUAGGUGGAAUCCACUGAUGCAUACCCCAAUAGGUUGUGGUGAUUCACUAUAUAUGCCUCCUAAACCACGAUCCUCUACACACCAUUAAUUGCAUGGUCUCUCUGGUAAGCAUAUUUAUGGGCAGCAGAGUGACGGAGAGCAUUGGAGUUUAGUUUUUAUGUAUCAUAGGGUUCGCAAUGAGGUGAUUUCAUGCACAUAAAGUAAAGAGGUUAGUUUUGUUAUGUUUGUGCGGGAGCCUAGUAGUUAGGUUGCCUUUUCUGGAAGGAAAAAAUAUGUGCAUGUGCUUGUAUUAUCCUAAUUUAACAAUUGAUUUUUUUUGGUUAAUACAAGGAAAACGUAGCUAGAAAAAGCUCAUUCCCCCUUU